CGCGCGUGUUGUGUUGUGCUGUGCUGUGUUGUGCUGGGUUGAAGGUCAACGUUGCUGGGUGGAAACCGAAACCGAAACCGACUCCAACUCCGCGGGAUGGACGAUUGUUAUUGUCGGCCACCAAUAAGGGGAGGUGACUGCAACUGAGUACCAACAUCAUCUAUGAAAAUAGAGGGCGACGAAAUCAACAACCAUGCCUCUCCGAUCACUGCAGCUGGUCCAGGCCAUCGUGGCGCUGUGUCUCAUCCUCUCGCUGGUGCGGUAUACAACACCAACCCUACAACCAUCAACACCACCGCCCAACGCACCCCAUCAACACCCACACCCACACCCAAACCCCCAGCCACACCCCGAUCCAGACACAAGCCAGCCCAUCCCCUCCACCGCAGCAGCAACCGACCUCCUCAUCCCCCAAACAAUCCACCACCUCCUCCUCUCCAUGCCCAACCACCCCGUCUCCGCCUUCCGUCCCUCCCAGCACACCAUCUCCUGGCAGCAAUCCGGCUGGAAGAUCGAGUACUGGACCGAGGCGGCGUGCGCCGAACUCGCGCGCGCCACCGACCCGUCGUCCGGCCGCUACGCCGCCGCGCUGGCCGCCCUGCCCUCCGCCGUCCUGAAAUCGGACUUCUGUCGCUAUCUGAUCCUGUACGCGCGGGGCGGCGUGUACAAUGAUCUGGACGUGCGGCUGAUGCAGCCGUUGCCGUGGGGGGUGAUGUUCGGAGAUGAAUCGGGGGAUCAUCCUGGAGAUGGAGAUGCCCCCGGGACACUAAGGGAGAGUGGUCCCCCCGCCGCCAUCAUCGGGUUGGAAGGCGACGCCGCCACGCGCGGUCUGCCGCGGUCGCCGCAGUUCGUGCAGUGGACGAUGGUCGCGGCGCCGGGCCAUCCGAUCUUCAGGGCGGUCUUGGGGAAGAUCGUCGACCGGACGGAGGAGUAUCUCCGGCGUUUAGGGCAAGAAGAUCGCGCGCGGGUGGAACCGCCGGACGUGAUGGAGUGGACGGGCCCGAGCGUCUGGACGGAUGCCGUGCUCGAGUAUCUCGGGGCCGAUGAGGGGAUGUUGCACACCCUGCGAGAUCUGCAGGAGACGCUGCGCAUCAGGGAUGUGGUGGUGCUGCCCAAGCGCGGGUUCGCCAUCACGCAGGGCGAGGACCAUCGCUCGGCGGAGGUGCUGGUCAAGCAUUAUUUCUCCGGGACGUGGAAGACACGUUGUCGGGGUGUGUGGCGGUGGGCUGGGGGGUGUUGACUUUUCUUCUCGG